CAGCGCCCCGCCGCCUCACAUUUUCCUCUCGAGCUCACAGUACUCGAUUGCGGCAGAGCCUUUUUACAACUUACAUCUCGUCCCGAUUUUCGCCAUUACCGUCACGAUGGCAUCCGACGAGAUUAUCUGGCAAAUUAUCAACCAGCAGUUCUGCAGCUUCAAACUCUCCACAACCAAGAAGCAGACGUUUUGCAGAAACGAAAACAAUGUCACGGGUCUCUGCAAUCGACAGUCGUGCCCGCUGGCAAACUCCCGCUAUGCCACCGUUCGACGAGCCCCGAACAAGGACACGCUGUACCUCUACAUGAAGACGGUUGAGCGCGCACACAUGCCCUCGAAGCUAUGGGAGCGCAUCAAGCUGCCGAACAACUAUGCCAAGGCCCUGGAAAUGUUGGACGAGAAGCUCAUCUACUGGCCCAAGUUCCUCAUCCACAAGUGCAAGCAGCGUCUCACCCGUCUGACGCAAGUCAACAUCCGCAUGCGAAAGAUCGCCGCCGAGGAGGAGCGUAUGGGCGAAAAGCUGGUACCGAAGAUGGCGCCUAAGAUCCGGCGCCGUGAGGAGGCCAGAGAGCGUAAGGCAGAGGCUGCAGCGAAGUUGGAGCGCACCAUUGAGCGUGAGCUUGUUGAGAGAUUACGUUCCGGCGCCUACGGCGACCAACCCCUCAACGUCAGCGAGUCGAUCUGGAGAAAGGUUCUCAACUCCAUGGAGAAGGAGGGCGAGGGCAAGCGCGACAAGGACAUGGACACGGGCAUCGAGUCGGAAGAGGAGGGCGAGGAAGAAGAAGAAGACGAGGACGACUUGGAGAAGGAGGUCGAGUACGUUUCCGACAUCGAGGAGAGCGACGAGGAGCUCGAGGACAUUGAAGACUGGCUCGAGAGCGACGAUGACGACGCCGAAGACGAUGACGAGGAGGAAGAUUCCGAGGACAGCGAUGACGAGGCUGCCCGUAAGGCUGGCGACAAGCGGAAGCGCGGCCGCGCGGUCAAGAUGAACCAGAAGAGGCUCAAGCAGAAGCAGACCGAGGAGCGGCCCAAGAUCGCGGAGGAAUUGACCUGGUAAUAGAGAGGCUCGGAUGAAUUCCUACAGGCGUCUGGCGCGGAUACCUUAACGGCUGGGUACGGAACGGAAAACUGAAACUUGGGGGCAUCGCGCAUACCACUGCAUGUUGUGAUAUACUAUCAAAAGCUGUCAAUGUUGCCGAAAUACCGUUUGCAUGCGAAU